AUGGAACAGUUGCGUUUAAAAUACCAACAAAGGCCAUGGACUGAAACUCUGAAACUUGUUUAUUUUUGCAUGGAUAACGCACUGCGAAAGCCUGUCAGUAAAGCUCCAGAUGGUCUGUUGCUUUCAUGCAUGGAGAAGAUAGAGAGGACACUAAAUGCUCAAUCCAUGUUUUCUGUGAUGAACGUGUUGGAACGUUUAUCCAGACAAAAGGGACUUACUGUUCAUGUUAGCCCCAGUGGGACCACCUGCUACAUAACAUCAAUGAUGUUUUAUGUAGAAAUUCAGCUGGAGGAGGAUGGAGAUGUGAUGGAUGUAAAGCUGGCUCACUUUGAAGAAGCUCCUGUGGUUUGUGAUGAUUUGGUCCAGCUUCUAAGGAUGAAGAACUAUGAUGCCUUUGGCAAGAUUCUAGAAGACCUGUCAAAUAUGUAUCAAAUUCCAGGAAACAGCGAAAUGAAAGCUAAGGGAUAUCUUGCUUUGCAGGCCCUUGAAAAAGACCUUUAUUCAAUGUCACUUCUUGGCAGAACACAGGAUCUAAACAGAGUUACUGAAGUACUUAAUGGAAAAGUAGGACACCUGGUGCCAAGAACUGGAGGAACCCCAAUGAACAUUGAAUUUUACAUUUCUCCCUCUCAAGUUUUGGAAGCAGAACUAAAUAAUGGUUCCCAGGUAUGUGGAACAAAAACAGUUGUAACUGUUGAAGGCACAGAUACACUCCACAAACUGCCUCUUUCUCCAUUAAUUAUAGAUCCUCAAGCAGGAGACGACAGCAACCCUGCUUUUUUGCAACUGACUGAUGAACUCAGCAUGGAUUUGCCAGCUCAUUUUGUUCUGAAGUUUCAUCAGCCUGUUCCAAUGUCUUCAUCCAGAAUUGAAGAGAUACAGAAGCUCACAGGAAUUCAGAUUUCUGGCUUGAAGCUAGCUCCACUGUAUGAGCUAAUUGUUCAGUCUACUCUUAAAGAAAAAUGCAGUGAAGACUUGUCUACAAAUAAAUCUUGUUUCUUUGUGUCUCUUCCAGAUCAUCCAAAGCACUGUUACUUCAUAAACAAGGGCUCAGAAAAAUCAGUUUUAGCAGGAGCCUUGGUCAGUAAAAUCCCAUUUAGCCAUCCAAAGUGUGUGCCUGGUGUGAUAGAGAUUCUUCGACAUCAAGUGGCAUAUAACACUCUUAUUAGCAGCUGUGUCUCUGAGAAGCAUAUAAAUGAAGAUGAUUCAGAACUGCUUUACUUUGAAGUGGUACCACACAAGAACACCAGCUUUUCUGUCUUUUUCCUUCAUCCUGUGAAAGAGAAUUUAGCCUGUGAGAAGUCCAAUGUCACCUGCAUUUAAAUCCUCAAGAUCCAACUCUAAAUUCUACUGAUGACUUUGUAGCAAGAGCUGUGAAACGGUAAGUACUUUUAUUUCCUAACAGAUGUCCAUCAAAUGGAAAUAUCAUGUGCAUUCAUAAUGCCAUGAACUCAGCAACUGGAACACUUCACUUUAGUAAAAUGCUGUAUACAAUUAUGGGAAUAAGUUAUUUCAGUGUCUUAAUUAUCUCUUUCAAAAAUGUUAAACAUUAACAGUGAUGAAGUAUUUCUAGUAGAAAGCAUGUGGAAGCAAGGAAAGACUAUUGAGUAAAGUUUAACUUUUUAUGAAGAUGCUUUUCUGAAGACUCUAGCUGAUGACAGUCUCAUGACUACUGUAACUUCGAAUAGUAUGGGAAGGUCUUUUUACACAUCUUCCUAACAGCAAUCAGUGCUUCUCUUCAGAAAGUGAGUUGUAUAUGGCAUGUCUACAACACUGACUCUGGCUUGUUUUCUGAACAAAUUCCAAAAGAGUGAGUUGUUGUGAUACGUGAACAUAGGCUAGACAAACUGAUUCAGAACAGUCUAAGAGCACUAAGUGAUUUGGCAUAAGCUAGUUCACAUCUAUUAUCUGUUUGAUGACAACAAAACCAAUGCAGGUUAGAUUUUGAACCUGAAUUUAAACAAGGUACUAUUUUUGGAACCAGGUUAAGAGUGGGAGAAAAACUCCUCCAGUAUAGACAGUGUUUUAGAAAAAGACACCUUCUGUACCUGUGUUACACAAAACAUGAAGGUUACAAUUACAAAACUCAAGAAGAAUUACUAUAUUUCAAUAUUCUUAGUUUUGGUUUUCACUAGAAGUACCCUUAUGACUUUUUUUGUUGACCAGAUUGACCAGACUGAAAGACCUCCCACUAUUUCAGUCAAAGCUUCUGUGCACACCUAACUUCAAAGACUCAGCACUAAAUUUCAGUGUGUCAACAUAUAUUUCUGGUACAGCACAUGCAGUUUGUAUUAUGGUUACAAAGUAACACCAGGUUGUAGAAGACAAAACCAGAAAGGAGUUAAUGCUGGUUUUCAUUCAGGUGCCAGCCACAGUUUAAAAAACAGAAGUACUUUAAUGAACAUCGUAGGAUGUCUGUAGUAGUGACUAAUGUGUCAUUUCCUUUUUCAGUUGCAUGUCAGUACCAGUUGUCAUGAGAGCUGUUUUCAGGAAUGCUGCCAAGGUGAAAGCUGACAGUGAAACACAAGAUAUGGACACAGAACAACCUGGACCACAACUGGAGCAAACUACAGAUUCUGACAGUCUCAAAGAAAGCCUUUCUGGUGCUGGUCAGCAAGACUGGGCAGUGAAAGAUAAGCCAAAUGAUACAGAGAGUACAGAAGAAAAUCUCUCUACAGCCAAACUGGAAACUCUGGGUGAUAACAUAGAAAAAAAGUAACCCCUCACUAUACACUGAAACCUUGUGGAGGAAAGUAAUUCCAUAGCUAGUAUAGAAGCUGAUGUAACAGACAAAAAACCUGAUGGUUUUAUAAGCAAAAGUGAAGCCUACUUAGUAAUUAGGACAUGGUAUCUCCUCUUUGCAGACUUUUAAAUAUGGGAAAGUAACUCCCUUGAAUCUGCAUUUUAAAACAUCCAAGUCUCUAAAGUCUAACACUGUUCUAUUAACCUUUAUUUUGUCUCGUUACUGAAAACCUAAAAAAUCGUAGUGGUAAACAAGAUUUCCUCUAACACUGUCUUUUUUAUUGCUAGAGGUUAAGGUAUUACUUUAUUCUUGGUCAAGAGAUAGGUGUUCCUGACAAAGUUCCAGCCUCAAUGCUGAUCCCAAUACAAAAUUUUUUGCUUAUUUAUGCAUUUUUUGUGAACAAAGACAUUAAUGUUCAUUGGUUUAAUUUACGUAAUUCUCUUCAUUAAUUAGUAUUCUACCCCCUAUUAGUUAUUUAUUUCUUUCUCUUCAUGCUAAUCUGGUCCACAUCCUUUAUUCCUUCUUUUAUCUUUUUCUCCAACUUUCCAGGCCUUAAUCUCCUCCAUAUCUUCUGGUUACUGUAAUGUCCUUGAAGGGCCAUAAAUUUAAGAUCCCAGAUGCCCAAUCUUCAAAUUCCUUUGCUUUGUUCAUUGAAGACAGUCAGGCUUAGUUUUAACAAACUCAAGGUUUCAGUGAUUUAAUGAUCAAAGUAGGUCUGUGAAGAAACUUAAUUGGUGUUGGCUAAAAGUGGACACUGCUUACAAUUAGUUAAAGCAACUAAUUAAAAAUUAGUUAGGAAAAUUAUAUAUACAUUCCAACACUGUCUGCACCAUUUUCUACCAGAAUAUGGAAAAAAUCUGUGUUUUACAUGAUACAGUCUAUAACACAAUGCAGGCAUUUGAAGAAAUGUAAUGUUUAUCACUGUCAAUAUUAUGCUAAAUAAACUGAAAAAAGUUACUUGAAUGAUUUUUGUAUAUACACACUUAAUGCACACACCCUUCUUUGUCCACUAUUUCAUAAAUGCAUUCAAUCUAAGACUCUGAACUGCAGUUCUGCUUACCCCUGAAGGAGAAGUGGUACAGAAAGGAAACCAAAAUUACAGUCUGUCAACUCUGACAGGGUAAUGGAGUCUUUAGUAAGAAUGUUGUAUAAACUCAGGCUCUGAAAAACAAUGAAUUUUUGCCUUAGAUUUUUUCUGCCUUUAAGUAUGAAAUGGUUUUGUAAGGUUUUUUUUUUU